CCUUUAUAGGCGCCUGUGGAAUUGAAACAGGUGAAGCGAUUCGGAUUCCAGAAACCUAGUUUCCAUGAGACGAAGCUUGGGAAAAUUGUCAAGUCCAGUAAUUGGCAAUGCCACAAAGAACACUCUUAUUAUUGCAUCCUCCUCAGCUUUUUCCACUUCCUCUGGCGGUGGAGGUGGCGGUGGCGGUGGCAGCGGCAGGGGUCGUGGACGAGGGUCGUCUGUAAUUGGCCCUUCCGACUCUCAGAUUCCCCCUCUCCCGGGAAACCCAGAGGCUGCUGGGGAUGACGAUGACCCCAAAGGCGGCUUUAUCUCCUCUCCUUUACCAUCUGGGCUGGGCCAUGGCCGAGGUAAACCCCUCCCUUCUUCUACUCCAACCCUUCCUUCAUAUUCUUCCUUCAUUUCCGCUGUUAGUAGUACCGGUAUCGACGGUGACGGCGCCGGACGCGGCAGAGCUACCGCUCCUCCUCCUCCCCAUCCGCGAGCGGAGCCCGAGCAAUUCGGACCCAAGAGACCCAUUUUCUUCACCAAAGAGGAGCCGUCGUCUGAUUCAGCGACGACAAAACCUGUUGUCCGUAGAGAUCCCCUGCUCCAGGACAACGAUCUCCCCUCUGGUAUUCUCUCUGUGCUUUCUGGUGCCGGCCGUGGAAAGCCCGCAAAACAAUCUGUACCCGAUGCGAAGGCUAAGGAAGAAAACCGACACCGAAGGCCCUCGAAACCAGGUGGAGGGAUAGGUGUUGGCUCAACGUCCAGUGACGGCAGUUUAACCAAACCAAAGUUGAGCCGCGAGGAGGCUGUAAAGAAGGCCGUUGGGAUAUUGUCCAAGGGUGGCUUUGUUGAAGACACAAUGGAGGACGGUGGGAGGGGGAGAGGUGGUUUUAGAGGAAGAGGCACUCGUGGGAGAGGGAGCCAGGGGUGGAGAGGGAGAGGAAGAGGCAGAGGUCGAGGUAGAGACAGCCGGGUUCAAGAUGGAGACAAUGACUUUGGUGAUGACUUUUACCUUGGUGACGAUGCCGACGGUGAGAAAUUGGCAAAGACCCUUGGGCCGGAUAAAAUGAAUCAACUGGUUGAAGCAUUUGAAGAGAUGAGUGGCAGAGUCUUGCCUUCUCCCAUGGAGGAUGCCUAUUUGGACGCUCUCCACACGAAUUACAUGAUAGAGUGUGAGCCAGAGUACUUGAUGGAAGACUUUGGCACAAACCCUGACAUUGAUGAGAAGCCCCCAAUUUCUCUUGCAGAUGCACUUGAGAAGAUGAAGCCUUUCCUGAUGGCUUAUGAGGAAAUUCAAAGCCAAUCAGAGUGGGAGGAAGUUGUGAAAGAAGCAAUGGAGAGAGUCCCUAACAUCAAAGAGCUCGUGGAUUACUACAGUGGGCCCGACAGAGUUACUGCUAAGAAGCAGCAUGAAGAGCUGGAAAGAGUUGCAAAAACUCUUCCGAAAAGCGCACCUGCUUCGUUGAAGCGGUUUACUGAGCGUGCUGUUCUUUCACUUCAGGUUGGGGUUGUUUCUGCUUGUAUUCUGUUGAUUCAGUGGCUUUCUUUAGUCUUAGCUCGAUUCCAGUGGUUUUCUGGUACUAUUGCUAUAUUUUGUACCUGUUAUGUCAACCCACAAUAUGGUUGGUCCUACGAGAGGUGGCGGUUUUUGAUAUUGUUGUUAGCUUUUUAUUGGAAACCUUUUGGGAUUAUGUGUGUAUACAGAAUAAUUUAGGUUUACGGAAUAAUUUUAUCUAACUGACGAAAAUUAUGGUUCACUUGUGAAAAGAGUUUAUUGUUCUUGGUAUUUGAAGAAUUUUUUAUAUAUGUUCUCUGGUUAAUUGAGCAGUGUUUUUUAAUUGUUUGGACUGGUAUAGGGUGUUGGAAGACUAAGUGGUUGUUUAGGGAAGUAAAUGAGAGCUAAAAGAAACUUGGUGGAAAAGGGCAGCACAUUUGCGUAUUGCAAUCAGAAUUUGUGAAAUUAAAUUCUACUCCAUAUAUUAUCGAGUUAGUUGCUGAUUUAACCGCUACCCAUUAUAGGUCAUUUUCCAUGGCUCUCCUAGAUUUUCCUUAAGGAACCUCGGCUCCAACAACGGUUGAGUUUAUGCAAAGGUGUACUGUUUGUGUGAGUGCUUUACUGACAGGGAAUUUGAAACCAGAUUGGAAAUGUGAUGGAGAGUAGGCAUUGCUUUGUUAACUUAACUAUUUUGCUAAUUUGAGGUUUUUCUUCUUCUCUUUAUUUUCGAUUCCUUUUUACAAGUAAUAUUGUGAGAGCAUUAUACAUUUGAUACGUAAUAUGAAAAGAUAUAUUUGGUGAUUGUUCGGUGUUGCCUGUGUAUGUCAUGUUGGGAUUUCCUUUUUGUUAGGUGAUUGUUUUCCUUUGUGUCGUUCUAUUCUAUGUGUGGAUCAUAGGUAUAUGGAGGAAUUCAUAGAGGAAAAAGGGAAGGUGAAAGAAAUAUGUGAGGUAGCUAGAUCUAUUUCUUUGUUUCCCUGUCAUUUUCCUUAUCUUUCUGAACCUCCCUCAAUAGUUCCAUGAUCCUAGUACUCUGUGUGUUUUAGAUUAGAGGUUAGGGUACUUUCAUUUGUUGCAGUUUUUUUAGUAAAUAGUGUGUAGUGCGUACCCUUAUGCUCUGUUUGGAUUCUGAAUCUGUUAAGGUUGCUGGAAAAAUGAUGCUAGUUACACCAUUUCGAGGUUUUAUGGAUUACUAUUGAGAGUGGAUUUUAUUGACAAAUAUCCAAUCAAUUUUGUUUUCAUUUUCCUAGCGAACCACAGAAAGAGGAAAAAUUGUAACUUCAUUCUGUUUCCCUUAAUUGUUUCUCUGCAAUCAAAACUUCAGCAUCAAUGUUUGUGGAAUGUGUGAUUUGGAAUAUUAUGCUGGUA